AAAACAAAACAGCCCGUUGCCUCUCAACUGACGCGUGCAAUUCAAUCGGGAUCGACUUCCGCCUCUAAACUGGCAGCCCCACAUUUUGCGGCCUAUGAAAUCCCUUUUGAAUUCCGGUGAACUGACUCAUGACCUGGACCUAGUGUCAAAGUGAGCUACCAUGUUUGGUGAUGGAUUCGUGAGAAAGAAAGUUGGCAGCUGUCAUACCCUUUCUGGAAUCAAAUAGCGAUUCACGGCCAAUUACGCUGCCAUAUUUUGGAUUGGAUUAAAAAACGAAGUUAUCGAGACAUGUUGGUGAUAAUUGAUCGAGAAAGAUGAAAACAAAAAUCCCACUUGAACCAAACGGCAAAUUUCAACAACACGGAGGCGACACCCAAUCAACCUCCAAAUUGAAAGUACAGCUGAGAGCCACCAAGUCAUUUACAUUCUGCUCACGGUGAAGGUUGAGAUCCGACAGCGAAAAAAGUCGCAAUUCGACAACGCGGGGAAUCCUGAGAGUUCACUGGCCGACGUAAGAAAGGAAUCGACUUCCUUGCCCUCUGUGUGACACCUUGCAUUAGCAAUAAAUUCAGUAAAGUGAUGGCAUUACGAAAGGUCCUCUAAUCUCCGGAUAAAAGCGAAGAACGGUGGGGCAGGACGUCUUAAAUGAGUCGUUGUAGUGGAAGCGUCAACACGAGUUACACUACACGACAAUAGUAGGUGGUGACGUCGACGGUCGACUUGGCGGAUGUGGUGAGGUGGCGAUUGUAUCACCAAUGUAUGACCAGAGGAGGACGAUUGCAUUUUUGAAUAUCUCAUUCAUUAUUUUCCGCUUCUCCGCGGCCUCAGAAUCAAAAGCCGGAAGCAGUAACUCUGCCUCCCUUCCGGAAUCAUCAACUGUCAACAACCAUUGCCCAGCCUAUCGUGUCCAAUAGUUUUGCCUGUGCUGGUAUUAUCAUUGGCAGUGGACUACUGCCUGAGCGAUCGAUAGGUCAACCUGUUUGGACGGAUAUUGGACCAACUCUAUCUUCCUCCUCCGAAUGUGAAUGGAUUCACGAGCAUGUCCCUCGUUUAUUGUCUUGGCGUCCACCUGGAUUUCUUCUGCUGUGUGAAUGCGGGGCACCUGCGACGGUGUGUCGAGCGUCAAUUCCCAGUCUCCGGCUUCAAGUCGGCCGUUUGCAAGUUGAAAACAUUUAUCUGGCAGCAGCGCCUAGUCGAAAACAAAAUGUCUGACCGUCAACGUCAAGUGUCUCUACAGUCCACACCCAACUUUAUCUGCAAAAGUGUUGAUGCUGCAGUUUAAAUCGACUCUGUGAUGAAACUAGUUUUAGAAAAAGAAGGGCCUCUAUGUAGAAGAAAGAAUCAAUCGAUCCAAAUCAGGUGUUGAUUGUGAUGCUGACUGUCUAAUUACAAAUGGGAAGCUUUGCAUACUUGCAGUCUCACAGUUUGGAUACUCCCUUUCGUGGUUCAAUUCCAAUCGAAUCAUCUUUUGAUUCAAUCGAGGCCUGGCUCGUCCCAACAUUUCAAUCUCUUCUUUCGCCCUUGAGUUUACUCGUCGCAUUUGGGCGACCUGGACGCAACCAUUCGACUCUUGAAAAGUGAACAGACGAUCCAAGGAGAUAUCGUGACAAUCUAGUGCCAGUUGUGGAGAUGUCAUAGUGCUCUGUUAUCCAGUUCAAAUGUGUUGUUGAAAGUGCCACUUCUCGUCGUCGUCUAAUAGGAUUUGGUACUCGUCGAGUCCGUCUGUGAAUGUUUAGUGGUGUUUUACCUGGGUGCGUGAAUGGCGAUGUCGACGGCCAAUGGACAGAACAACCACCUUCACUUAUCAUUUGGAGUGACCGACAACCCGUCGAAUUCGAAUGCAGAGACACCAGCAGCGCAUUAUCAUACUGAACAGAUCAAAAAUGAAACGGAAGCCAAUAAAGUGCCGCUUGUUCGUAAGGAGGGAAUCGCAACAGAUGGACGAGUGACUGGCAACAUUUUCUUCUUCUCCUCAGUCUCUGGUUGUUUUUAUUUACUGCAUAAAGAGUUCACUUUGCUCAAGACAGAAGAUGACUUUCCAGUUAUGCUCGAACUUUGAAUCCUCUUACUCCAUUUGCAGUUUAAGCUUCAUUUUGGCAUUCAUAAAUGGCAUUUUGUAUCUAUUGAAAUGCAGACUGCUCCUUUUUUUGUAUAAAAUCAUGAAUCAAAUUGAAGAUUUGGCUCUCUUGAGUCAGAGGCCACGACAGCUGUGAAGAAAAAGUGCACAAAUUUUAAGUAAUGAACAAGCAGGAACCCAGAAUUUUGCUCAUGAAGGAAAACCAGUCUUCUUUGCAAAGGCAAGAAUAACCAGGUAGUGAAACUGAAGGCUCAAUUUGCUGAGGGAUAAUUCGAGAAGCGUAAAGCUGUGGGUCCCCACAACUACUUUCCAUAAAAAAAUUGCCAACAUGAUGAAUUUUGUAUUGCAAUUCCAACAACCUUUUAACAGUUAAGACAUUUUACUUGCAGUCCAUGGACUUGGACACAAUAAGUUCGACUGAUUUCUUGCAGGAAAAACCAGCAAGCAAGUAAACAACAAAAUCUAAUAAAAUGGAGGUCGUAGAAAAGGCGUUGCAAUCAGUAAAUGUUCAAGAGACACUGCCAACACUAGACUCAACUCCUGCUUGAAUUCAAUUCGUAUGUCCCGUAUAUUUAUUCGCGUGUUGAUUCGACUAACUUUACGUUACAGUGACAUUACGAGUAAAGCAGAAAGUUGACAUGGCCAAUCCAGGACACUAUGAUCAAAUGCAAGAUGCACCAACGGAGAGGAAUAAUCAGUUUUUCAAUCGUUCCAUGCAUCCAGGAAAUCGGCGAAUAACAACAUCUCCCAUUUUCAAAAUGUCAUCCGUCCAUCUGAUUUUCAUCAGUCGUCAAAUUCCCCUAAAAUCAAUCCUGGACGCGCUAUUGUUCCUCAAUGCAACAACCAAGUUAUUAAAUGCAGAUUCGAUAUUUACUGCACUCGGUGACUCGGAAGUACUAUCCACGAUUAGAAACACUCGUAAAGUCAUUGUCUUUGCUUGAAUUACUCAGACACAAAAUCAGACGCUUAUGGUGUAGCUCGUGGCUUGGCUGGUGGUAGCUGUUGAUUCCAAUUAUGGUCCAGGCACCUGGCGUCGGGAGAGUGACAACUGGGCCACUGCUGAUAACAAUUGGUGCGAUCAAAUCUUAAUCUACCUAGGAAAUCCAUCCGGCCGGAAGAAAAAGCGGAAGAAACGACAAAACCGAAAGAAGAGGAAACAGCACCCGUCGUCAACGAAUCACCAGUAUUCCAGGCACCAAUCCAUCCGCCAAUCCAGCCGUUAGUUCAGCCGCCAAUCCAGCCGGAAGAACAACUGAAGUUUUCUUGGCUCAACCCGUAGUUGUCGCUCAGCCUCAAGCUGUUACAUCAGUCCAACAGCAGCCGAAUAUUGUUGCCGUUUCAACGCCGGAAGUCAGCGUGCGGACCAAGCGGAGGACGAGCGUCAAAGUUACCAGUUCCGGUCAGCAGACGACGUUGACUUUCCAGAAAAAAUCAUCCGCCAAUUCGGAUGAGAAUAUUCAGAAGAACCCACAGAGGCGGACUCGGGAGUUGCAUCGUCGACGACACUUUCAGAUUCCAUCAAAAACAAAACAGCACCGUUGCCUCUCAACUGACGCCCGCGCUUCAAUCGGGAUCGACUUCCGCCUCGAAACUGGCAGCCCACAUUUUGCGGCCUAUGAAAUCCCUGUUGAAUUCCGGUGAACUGACUCAUGACCUGGACCUAGUGUCAAAGUGAGCUACCAUGUUUGGUGAUGGAUUCGUGAGAAAGAAAGUUGGCUGCUGUCAUACCCUUUCUGGAAUCAAAUGGCGAUUCACGGCCAAUUACGCUGCCAUCUUUUGGAUUGGAUUAAAAAACGAAGAAAGAUGAAAACUAAACUCCCACUUGAACCAAACGGAAAAUUUCAACAACACGAAGGCGACACCCAAUCAACCUCCGAAUUUAAAGUGCAGCCGAGAGCCACCAUGCGAGUCAUUUGCAUUCAGCUCACGGUGAAGGUUGAGAUCCGACAGCGAAAAAAGUCGCAAUUCGACAACGCGGGGAAUCCUGAGAGUUCACUGGCCGACGUAAGAAGAACCGACUUCCUUGCCCUCUGUGUGACACCUUGCAUUAGCAAUAAAUUCAGUAAAGGGAAGGCAUUACGAAAGGUCCUCUAAUCUCCGGAUAAAAGCGAAGAACGUUGGGGCAGGACGUUUCAAAUGAGUCGUUGCAGUGGAAGCGUCAACACGAGUUACACUACACGGCCAACAAUAGUAGGGAAAAUGGUGGGUGCUCCCAAAGGUUUUUCAAAAUUCGCCAUCUUAUUUGCGGUCGUGAGCUACUGCAGCCCGGCGUAUAGUUUCAUCCUUCCUCGCGUCUCACAUACAGAUGAUGCCAUCAUCGUUGAUUUUGACGGUGUGGGCUAUGCUCCUGCCUAUCACAACAAAAACUUUCACGGCGGAAUUAUCAAUCCAGGAUUCAUUGUCCGGGUUCCAUCUUCAUUUUCUCCUUACCCAAUGCUACGGCAGCAUCUACCGUUUUACAAUUGGCAAACUUAUUCAUACGGAUAUCCCAGUCUAAUUGCUCCUGUAGAUGUCACGUUAACUAGGGAAUCUGGCGAACCUGGUAGGCAGCUGGCCGUUAAACAAGCGAAUCAGUGCGGCCGUGGACCGGCCACCAUGCCCAAAACACGGCUCGGGAUCACCGAAAAGAUUGCAGGCGGAACCAACACCAAAAAGAACGUCUGGCCUUUUGUAGUAGCCCUGAAAAAAGCUGGUGGCAUAUUUUGUGCCGGAACUUUGAUUAGUGAAACCAAAGUCCUAACGGCGGCCCAGUGCCUGGAAAAAAUGUCUUCGGCUGACAUGUCGUCUGUGACCGUAUUGAUUGGGCUGUAUGCAUCUGACCUGUCAGACAUCCAAAUGACGAGGAGAAUCAGCAAAGUUGUUCUUCACGGCAAAUAUAAUGCCAUCACCUAUGCCAAUGACAUCGCCAUCCUAACAUUGGACACGCCCGUAGUUUUAUCCAGAACUGUUGCACCUGCUUGUUUGCCAGCCGGUUGUUGGCCACCCCUUUGUUUGUUUACGGCCAGUACAGAUAUCAACAGUUACGUCGACCAAGAUGCCAUUAUUUUGGGAUGGGGUGGUACUGAUGCUGUUGCUCCUGGUGGUGCUCCAGGUUUUGCUCCAGGUGUUGCUCCUGGUGUUGCUCCUGGUGUUGCUCCUGGUGUUGCUCCUGGUGUUGCUCCUGGUGUUGCUCCUGGUGGACUGGGUGUUGCUCCUGCUCCUCUUGCUCCCGCUCCUCUUGGUCCUCCUCCUGCUCCGGUUGGGGUUGCGGCCCCUACUACUACUACUACCCCUACUACUACUACUACUACUACCCCUACUACUACUACUACUACCCCUACUACUACUACUACCCCUACUACUACUACUACCCCUACUACUACUACUACCCCUACUACUACUACUACUACUACCCCUACUACUACCCCUACUACUACCCCUACUACUACCCCUACUACUACCCCUACUACUACCCCCACUACUACCCCUACUACUACUACUACUACCCCUACUACUACUACUACCCCUACUACUACUACUACCCCAACUACUACCACUACCCCUACUACCACUACCCCUACUACCACUACUUCCCCUACUACUACCACUACCCCUACCCCUACUACUACCCCUGCACCUGCUCCUGCACCUGGUGCUAACGAGGGUCUUAGUAUUGGUAUGGGUGGUGUAGUUGUUAUAAGUGGCAAAAACACUCCGCCGGCUACAUUUAGAGCCGCUUUAAAUCCCUUCCUGCAACAAGCCAAGGUUUCGAUUUCGGGUAAUGACGAGUGCAGGAUGGAUCCCACAAUUGGGCAAUACGUCAUAGACACAAAUAUCUGUGUUAGUACUCCUGGAAAAUUCACAUGCACAGGUGACGUCGGCGGUCCAGUAGUUGUUCUAUCGUCGACGGGAUCCUGGACUUUGGUUGGAAUCAACAGCUACACCAAGGACUGCGCUUCCAAUGGCCUCAAAACCAGAGUGUCGGCGUUCGUGCCUUGGAUUAAUUUAUACCUGAAUUAAAAAUAAUACCACACGGAUAUAAUGACGACCACCAACGUGGGAAGACUUUACGUUGAUUAUUUUUCAUCGUUUUUCUUUAUUUCCCUGAAACAUCUUGAAAUUCGCUUUCAAAUCUAUUUCAUUCUUCGGUUUCGGUUGGAUAUUUGGUGAUUUAUUUUAAACCUGAGCUGUUCACUGCAUGAGUGCAUUUAUUUCGAGAUCCCAAUAAACAUUAGUUCAAGCACUA